GUACUUUGCGUACGUGACGCUCAAGUAUGAAACUGACGUGACGUGAAUGAACGUAGAGCGGCGCCACAAUGUAAGCGUUAAUGUAUAUAAACAAAAAUCAGCUGUAGUUUGUUGGCGGCAAAUGUCUCGCUGUGUUGAAAACAAAAAUUUUGUGUUGUGAUAGUUUAAAAUAAAAAAAAACUCAUAAAAAUGGAAGCUAUAGAAGUCAUAUUGAUUAUUUUGAUGUUGCUGGAAGCCAGAGAGUGUUUUAAGAGGAUUUAUGGAGUUCGUAGUUGUUGGGUGCGACCUGCUCUGCAAAAUCGUGACAACCAUGGAUUUUUUAGCACGCAUUUUGGAUUCACUGAGGAAUUCAAGCAAGCAAUUCGAAUGGAAAAGCCUGUGUUCGUCUUGCUCCUUAGUUUAAUAAGAGAGCGAAUAAGCAAAAAUUCUAACCGACCAUCUAUUCCCCCAGAGUUUCGUUUAUACUUAACCCUCAGCUACUUGGCUCACGGAGGGAGUAAGCCAUUUUAUUCCUGCGCUUUUAAAAUAGGGCUCUCCACCAUGAAAGAAAUCGUUGGAGAAACGUGCGAUGUCUUGUGGGAGAUACUUGGUCCUGUUUAUUUGUCAGUUCCACUGAAAGAUGAAUGGAAGCGUAUUGCCACGGACUUUUAUUUAAUGUGGGAUUUACCUAAUUGUAUUGGUGCGAUCGAUGGUAAACACAUCAAUAUAUUUUGCCCAUCAAACUCGGGCUCCCUUUUUUACAAUUACAAAGGGACGUAUUCUAUUGUUCUGCUGGCGGUGUGCGAUGCCAAUUACACUUUUACUGGCAUAGAUAUCGGGGCUUACGGUUCGCAGAGUGAUGGCGGCAUUUUGUGGAAUUCAGGCUUUGGAAAACUCUUAUACAAUGGAAAACUGGAUCUGCCUGAAAACGGUAUAUUACCAGACACUGAUAUAAGUUUCCCGCACUACUUUGUAGGUGAUAACGCGUUUCCAUUGAAGUCAUUUUUAAUGAGACCAUAUCCAGUUUUGAGCCAACUUGCCUCUGGACAGGCAAAUUUUUAACAAGCGGUUGUCCAGAGCACGGCGCGUAAUUGAAAAUGCCUUUGGAAUUUUAUCUUGCCGUUGGAGAAUACUUUUAAGUCCUUUGCAAAUGAGCCCCGCAUAUGCUGAAAAAAUUGUUAAAGCUACUGUUGUCCAGCGGAGUAUCUCGACCAGGAGGAAGGCGACGGUUUUAAAAAAGGAUUGUGGCGGAGUGAUGUUUCAAGUUGAUGUUUUACAAAAGGCUCGGAGGGUAGGCUCGAACAAUGCAUCACAAAAUGCCUUCAAAUUAAGAGAUAUAUUGAAGAAUUUUCUCGUAUCCCAUCCAGUACAAAGUAGACCCCAAUAAAGAAAAAGGAAAUACUUCCUAAAGAAUUUGCCAACGGGAUUUCGGAGUUGAAUUCGACUUACUUUUAGAUACUUUCGUAACUUGCUUUUUACCUACGGAACAAUUUUGUGUGGAGGAAUAUGCUAACACCGUCAGGAAAAAAUUGUCCAAAUCAAGAAAAUUUAUUCUCAGCUUCAAAUUGCCCUCUAUUAUAUUAGAUUUGAAUUUUCCUUAAUUUUUCGCAAAAUUUUAAAUUUUGAUUAACAUGAUUUUUUUAAAGAUUUUUUUUUAAGUUUUCCAGCAUCUUUGAGCUUGCUCUUUGUUAUACUAAAGUUUAAGGGGCCAUACUUAACUUAUACUUAAAAUUUCUCUAAAAAAUCCGAUUAGGAAGCUGCAAAUUAGUAUCAAAAUUUACUGAAUUAACCUAAACUACACUUUCAUGAAAACUUAGCGGAAAAUAUUAAAAAAAAAGCUACAUCUUUGACCAUAGGUGUAUGUUACAGCGUCAAAUAAAACAACUAUUUAUUUUAUUUACACUUUCAGUUGAAUUGCAAGUUUUUUAUUUUUUCAAAUUAAUUCACUUCCAAUUUUUUCUCUUUCAUGUCAAUAUAUAUUGCUGAUUUAUAAUAUAGAUAUUUGUCAAAUACAUGUUGAUCACGUAUGGGAAUAUCCCUAUUUUGUUACUAAAUACUGAAUAUACAGUAUCGGUCAUAUUAAUAGCACCCCCAUUUCAAAGUGACAUUGUUUGUCACUUAUUUUUAAUUAUUAA